CUCUCUUGACUUUUCCAAAAUCAUGGCGCAAUAGAAAAUGGAGAAAAAAAUACUAAUCAUGUUUGAUAACUUGCAAAUUUAAUUCAAUUUUGAAUAUCCACUGAGAUGGAUAUUUCAAAGGCGCUGAAGAACACAUCGAAAGGAAGUUUAACAUAUGACAGAAGACCUCCUUCAAAGGAAUUCUUUGACCACUGUUCACCUCCUCCAACUCUUUCCAAACGGUACAAUACCCAUGAUAACUCACCAAAUAACAGACUUACAGAUGAGGCCUUGCACAAACAUCGUAAAGGUAGCUUUCCAGAUAGUAAUGCCAGUGAAUCAUCAUAUGAUAAUGUUGUCCAAUCAACCAUCAGAACAGACUCUUCAUCACCAAGGACAGUGGAGAUUGUCUCCCCUACAUUACCAGUUGAGAUUGUCUCCCCUCCACAUAAAAAGAACAUAAUUCCAGUUUCACCAGAGUACACAAAGAGUAUACUAGCAGUUAAGGAUUAUGAAAACUCUCUUGACAAGGAGAUUAAGAUUAAGGUAUACAACAAACAGCAAAGGUUUACAGAACAUACCAAGAAACUUCAGAAUGAGGCUGAGAAUAAGUUGUCAGUAUUACAGAGAAACCAACAGAACAAAGCUGAAGAACAACAGCAGGAAACAGAAUUACAAUUCAUGCAACAAACAAUUGAACUGCAGGAAAAACAGAGGAAGUUGAAAGAAGAUCAUAGAGAGCAUGCUCAGAUGUUACAGAAGAAACAUGAAAAAUUAAAAGAAGAAAUAAAGAGAAAAGAAAAAGAAAGACAGGAUAGAAUCCAGAUAGCCCAGACUAUAAGAAAUGAUAUUGCUACUAUAAUGGAGAGACUGAAAACUAUGUAUGAACAGUUUACCCCAAAAGACAAACUGCCCGAAUCGUUGAAAAAAGCACUUAAUUUAGUCAGCAAUAAACUUACAGAGGUCACACAGAUGGCUUCAAGAGAUGUUGAUACAAAUGAAGUUGUUAAGAUGACAGAAAUUCUCAAGCUUUGUCUAAAUGCAUAUGAAUAUAUGAGAAAAGAAUAUGAUGAGUUAACAAAGAAAAUUAAAGAAGAGCAAGCUAAAGAGGAAGCAGAAAAGAAAGCCAGAGCAGAAAUAGAGGCCAAGGCAAGAGCUGAAGCUGCUGCUGCUGCUGCUGCUAAAGUUACAGUGGUCCCUCCAACACCAGGAGUACCAUCAAGUCCUCUUGCUACCUCCACACCAGCACCAUCAUCAUCCUCAAGAUCUGCUGCAGAGGCUGUAUUAAGAUGUGUAGAUCAGAAUGCUUUUACACAGUAUACCAAUCUCCAGGUGCUAAUAAAGAAAGCCGAUGAAGACUCUAAAACUUUGUUCAAUAAUCCACAGCUGAAGAAGAUGAAAUUUGACAUCCAGAAAUCUAUUAACACGCCUAUCAACAAUAUAUCACCAGUGAGUGGUGAUCAUCUGAAUGACCAACUGACCAGGCUAUUGACAUUGCUAGCUGGACGGACAGUAGAUUUGUCUGGAAAACGAUUUUCCUUGGCUGCCUGUCCUCAGGCACUACCAUUCUGUAAAUAUUUGAUAGCCAAAAUGAUUGUGAAAAAAGGAGAGGAGCAGGUAUCUGCUAAGCACAGUUCAGCUUUUGCUAUAGCAGCAGUUACAGUUGGGUUGUUAGCUGAUCAUCCUGACAUACUCCCUAUGUUACAGGGACAUUUUCACCAGCUGUGUCCAUAUACAGUACCAUACCAUAUCAGUAAAUCUGAUGGACAAUCUAUGGAGGAUUAUCUGAAGGCUUUGGGAUAUAAGUAUGAUUCUGAAGGAAAUGCAGAAAAACAAGAUCAGUUUCUUAAAAGAAUGUCAGGAAUAAUGAGACUUUAUGCUUCAGUCAUGGUAGCUCAUCCUCCAAGAGGUCCUAAUCCAUAUGGCACUGAGCAUGCUUGGGAAUGGUUGUCAAUGGUGAUGAACAUUGAGCCUCUUCCUGAUAUUACAGCAACAAUGACAUUUGACCUUCUAGAGGUCACAGGACAUGCUUUAUACAGAGAUUAUAGAAAACAGUUUGUCAAGUUAUUACAUGUUUUGAUAAAGGAAUUCUUACCAAAGUUAAAAAGAGUGGCUUCCCCAAGUGGAGGUGGACCAAUGUCAAGGUUGGAAGAUUUUUUACAGAAUAGUCUAAAACAUAAUGGAAACAUACGACCACCAGAGGGCUUAUUAAAUCAGCAUUUUUGGAUGACUUGAUGAAGGCUGAUUUAGUGGAUAUUCAUUUGUAAAACAUAAUUAUGACAUUAUUUUUUUUGUAUCAAACAUUAAAUCACACAGAAAUUAUGAAAAACUAAAAAACACUAUAAUUGAUUCUUCUCUUUUGAUAAUGUGAAAAAGAACAUUCUUUGUUUUAUGAUGUAAAUCAUCAUGAAGUUGCAGUCAAAUAUAGCUAUCUGUUUCAUAUGUAUAAUGAUCAAGGGUCCGGAAACAGUCAUAUAUGCCAGUCAUGUCCUAAGAUGAAACUAUUUGUCCUAAACGAGUAAUUGGGAUUUAGGACAAAUUUUAUUUUUUUAAAGAAGUAAUUUCGGUCAUUUCAUUGACUCAAUGUUUGAAAUUGGAUUUCUUAAUCGCCAUUUUGCACUGUCUUGUGUAAGUUGUGAUCACUUGUUUUGUUUAUAAUCCCUUUCCUGUAAUAAAACUGCCACUCCAGUAGUUUGAUAAUCCUGAGGGCCCUCCUAAUAUCUAUAUCAAUGCCUCCGGGAAACAUUGGCUAAUGAUCGCUAAUCACUUUUUACCUGUGGUUUUAAUUCACACCUGACAGUGAUCACAAGCUCAGAAUAAUAUCUUAACAAAAAUUGAAAUUCUCUGACAAGUGUAUUCAUUAUUUAAUUACUUUUCAAGCAAAGACAAUCAUCAAAUCUGAUUUAAAAAUUGAACCUAAAUUCACGGAGAAAAAAGUAUUUUUUCAUGUGCUUUAUCUACUGUAUAAUACGCAUGUGUGAAAUUGUCUUCAGCAAAUUUAAUAUUUAAUCGUAAAAUGCAAAUUGAUUUCAUGCUAAAUUAAACGAGUGCAACUAUUGUGUGUUACAUUCAAACACUUUUAAAGGUAAUAAAAUAAAAAAAAAACAUAAAAAGCCGGUGAUUUCCUGUCAAUUUGAUAAACAAAACAAAUCCCGGAAAUGAAUCCAGAAUUAUUCGUACUUUAACAUUAUCGCUAACUUCCGGUUUUAACUUUUGUCAAAUCGAAAGAAACGUUAGCAAUGUCUGAGAGAUUUACCAUUUUGAGUCAUUAAAAUCAUUUCAAUUUUAAACUAUUGCCUUCCCUAAACUGUUCUUCAUGGUAAUGGUAAGACAUUUACUUAGUAAAUGCGAUGAAACAGCAAUACAAGUUCGUUGAUGCUAUGAAUCUAGUCAAGACUCAAGUUGACAUCGACAAUUUGGAAAGGGGCACCAACUUUUCAACCAUCUCAAAAUGACCGAAAUUGUGUGGAAAAAUUUCCAGAUCCUUGAUAAUGAUAUAUUUUUCAUCCUGGAAAUUUAUUAUUCAACUGAGGUUAAUGAUUAAUAUCUUGUAAAUUGUUUGCCACCAAUUCUGUAGUCUCCUGGUAGGGACUUGGUCAAACAAAUGAUCAUACAAUUGGUAUAUUCUGCUGCAUCAAUAAGUAAGGGGAGUGGAUUAAAAAGCAAAUACUUGUUUGGCUUAUAGUAAGAAUAAUGUGUGACAUUUUUCCUACAGUCUGCAACCUUAUGAGCUAACACAUUCAAUAGCUGACUGGGUGUCAAUAUAGAACAUCACAGGGUAUAUGCAUUUGUCAUUAAUGAAAUUGUCCUUGAUAUGUAUAAAUUACUGCCCUUUGAUGUUAAACAGUUUUAAACAAAUGAAUCAUAAUGAAUUUCUGUCUAAAUUCAAGUUGAUAAGCAGAUUUUUACAAUAUCCUUGUUUUAUAGACAUUUUCAGAUUGUAUUUGUUUAAAAAACAGAGUUUAUAAAUGAGAAUAUUUAUUGUGAUAUUUGCAUAAACAUUAUUAAUGGCAUGCACAUGGAUAAUGACAUGACUCUGGAAAGAGCCCACUUAGUCUGGGCAUGUUAAUGUUUAGGAUCAUAAUGAAUGAAUUUGAUGACCUCAUGUAUACCUUAGAACAUGCUAUGCCAGGAACUACAUGUUACCACUGUAUAAUUAAAGCCAAAGUGACCAUGAUAUUUACUUGACUUAAUAACACCAUAGCAUCAAACAUUGUAAGAGUCACAGCAAAUCUAUUUUAAUUCUUUGGUAGGUGGCAUUCAAUGCCAAAAACGAGCAGCAACUCCAAUGUUAUAAAAAAAUAUUGUCUGUGCUCUGCUUACCCUUCCGGAGCACCUGAGAUCACCCCCAGUUUUUGGUGGGGUUCCUGUUGCUUAGUCUUUAGUUUUCUAUGUUGUGUCAUCUGUACUAUUAUAUGUCUAUUUGUCUUUUUAUUUUUGGCCAUGGCGUUGUCAGUUUGUUUUCGAUCUAUGAGUUUGACUGUCCCUCUGGUACUGGUAUCUUUCGUCCCUCUUUUAGCAACUUUGAACCUAACUUUGUGUAGAUACCAUAGGAACUAGGUCAGAUAUGAUUGAAAGAUCAGAUGGGGAAAAUUCUUAGAAACUUACAGAAGAAGAAUCCAUCAAAAAUAGAUUUAAAAUUCAGAGCUUAUUGUUUUUUCCUCUUUGAUCCAUUUAUAGCUUUGUAAUGGUUAGAAAUUAAAAUCUUUGAAACAAUCCUUACAGUGUAUAGAUGCAUGGGAUCAGAAUCCCCAAAUUAUAACAGCCUUUGUAUCAUGGCAAGACAAUUUACAUAAUUGAUUAAAAGGAAUAAAUAGGAUUAUCUAUCAUUAUCAAAUUCUAAACCUGAUUAAUGUACAAAACAAUAAACGAAAAAAAAAUAUGACAUACAGCACAAACAACAAGCACUGAACUACAGGUCCUUCAAUACCUGGUAGUAGUAGUAUUAGUUACCAAUGGUAGUCAGAGUUCGUUAAAGUUUACCUUAUCAUAUUUUAAGGAUGGGUCAGGUUUAGGAAUUUGUGUCAGAUGUUCGGUCUCCUUGGUUUUUUUCUGACGAUACAGGUUAAAAUAUUUUGCCCCAUAACACCCAUUUUUCUUUUCAUAUAAGACUUCAAUAGCUCAUAAAAGGUCAUUUACCAAAAUUUAAGCAGAUUCUAGAUUUCUUUUUUUUCGAUUUGAGACCCAAAUAAUACCAAUGCAAAUAUAAGGUAAAAGUCCAAGUCAGCCUUUUACCGCCAUUUAAAAAAAAAUAAAUAUCUCGAAAAGGAGCUCCAUAACCUAUCAAUAUAUUUAGCUAAUGGUGUUCCUUAACUAAUGCUCUUCUGACUUAUAGUAUCAAUUUUAAAUUCUAGAUUUUGUUAAUUUCACCUAAGUACAUACUUAAAUAUAAAUUACAACAUUAUAUUAUUUAUGUGUGCAUGUAAGUACGUAGCAUGAGAAUUAUUUCUGAAAAAAACACACUUUUUAAAGGACAAUAUAGUUGUACAAGUCACUAAAAAUUUAAUUGCUUUAUUGUGUUUUGAUGAUAUAUGACUUGGUUUAAUUGAUCAUUGUAAUGUGAAUAUUCUUGUGUUAUAUUGUAUAUACACAAUGUUGAAUAUUGUAAUAAACAUAAAGAAGUCAAGGUCAUUAAAC